AUGAACCCUGACACCUCCUCGCUCAACAACAACGAAGACGCUGGACUUGCCGCGAGAAAUGCGAUCGUGACCAAGGCCGAAAACGACACACUGCGCAACGCGACGACUGAAAUUCUGGGGGAGAAGCUCUCGAUGGCUCGGGCAAACGCCGUACAUCUCCGUCUUUGGACUGACAUUCUUAAACAUCACGAAGUCGACAACAGCGUGAACGAUCCGACGACCUUGAUCGCGAAUAUCAACCAGCUGGGUACUCCUCCAGUCUUGGUGCUCACGCUCUUUUUGCCACACUGGCCAGCUUCGUGA